AUGACCGAGCACAAGUCCUGUGCGCCGCUGCAGUCGGGCGGCGGCUUCGGGCGGCAUGACGACCACUCCCCCGACACAGUCGUUCCGUUCCACAUGCACGAGGGGCCAGAGGUCAUCGAGCUUUUGAAGCGGCCGAGCAACAGCCGCCCAGCGGUGGAUAGCGACAAAAUUGACUUCAACGCGAUCCAGGCGUUGGUGAUUCCAAAACUGACACUGUACGAGCGGCUGAUAACGGUGAACACGGGGCGGCACAAGCGAAUCGGCGGACUGCUGAAGGAGCUUGAGGUCAAGGGUGCGUUCAUGAGCAACGUCGAGUGCAAGCAGGCGUUGCGUGGGAUGAUGAACCAGCUGGUGAACAACCUCAACGAUCAUGGAGAGUGCCAGAUCGACCUGGAUUUCCAGGGCGUGUCGCAGACGGCGGUGCAGUCGCUUGCAAUGUCUAGCAUCAGUAUCAAGCUGUUCCCGGUGUACGAUAACCCGAAGGAGAUCCGGCCGUACCACGUGCCGGUAAAGACCAUUGACAUUGACAUGGCAAAGCUGGAGCCUGCGCGCACAGUGUACAAGAACCAGGUGGGCGACGAUAUUCUGUGGGACCUGGUGCUGGACGAGGUCCUAAUGCACCUGGACAACGUCAACCAUGUGCGGAGGAUAGCAAGGCUGACCGAGAUUCCCGAGCCGACUGUCAUUGCAGCACUGAAGCACCUCGAGUACUACGGGUGCAUAUCGCUGGUGGACAUCUUCCAGUUCAGCAAUGUGUACGAGACACAGCACCGCCUGCUAGAGUUCUACAGCGACGCAUCACUACAGAAGGAGUGCUAUCGACUGGUUGCCGACUGGAUUCUGAAUUCAAACAUCGACAUUGAGCGGAUCGACGUGCGGCGGCUUCUGAUAUUUGGCGUCAUGCACCAUAUAUUGCGGCGUGUGCACUGCUACCCGGUGCUGUGCAUACCGCAGAAUGCAGAUGAUGCUGGUAGGGCGGUUGGAGAGCACGUGGAGGAUGCUGCACAGCAGGUAUCAGGUAAUGCAGGUGGCAAUUCGGCCAGAGGGGAUCUGCCAGCCAAGACAGAAUCGUGCGAACUGAGCGACAGCCUCAAGGCGAUGCUGGAUGGGACGCACCACCUGGACGAGAUCAGCGUGCUGGAGAACAAGGACAUGGUGACUUUGCGCAGCAUGCUGGAUGGCCAUGGCCACAUCGAAGAAUACAAUGGCUAA